AUGUAUAGCAAGAAGCAAGUUUGUAUGAACAUGCGCUACAAGCUAUAUGCUUUUUUAAGUAUAUUAUAUACUGUAAGCGCGAGACAUUCAGACUUUUUAUCUUGGGAUUUUAGAAGAUCAAACUUUCACCCAUCUCCUCUACAAGAUGACUCAUCCUUUCGUAACGCAGUUGCAAAUAUCACUGAUUUGCGUAAAGAGUCUAUAGAUAUAAUGAAUGAAGGAAAGGAAAAGCCACCGUAUCCCAAUGACGAAAGCCUAGUUUAUCCAGGAGAAAAUCACAUGGGGUAUUUGUAUGUCCCAUUUUUAAAAGCCCCGCUGGGAAUCAAAAAGAAAGAGAUUGGAUAUGAUCCUUUGUUUGGUGUAGGUAGUGAUUAUGAAAAAGUUAUGUUUUCUAUCUACCAUAAAGAAGAAGACCAGAGCAGUCCUGUUGUUUUUCUUGUGAAUAACAAAAAUAUUGCAAAAGAGUUUGUUAAUACAUAUAAUAUAGAAAACACCCCAAAGGCAGAAUCUGUUCCAGGACUGCAAAACAACAACCACGAGGUUUCAGUAGGCCCAGGGCCUUUGCUUAGUAAGUCAUUUAAGAUACUGGGAGUAAGUUCUAGAUACAAAAACUACAGAUUAAGAGGCAAAAAGGAGAAAGGCGUCAUAGGAAAAGCUGUUGAUUUGCUUUCUCUUAAUCGCCAAAUAAAUAAGUACCAAGAAUUUGCAUUGCAAUCUGAAUUAGACCAGGAAUUUGUAUCUGUACCAGGAAAGGAAUCACAUGCCAAGUUUGUAUCUGAAUUGAAAUGCAAUGAAAACCCACAAAUGUGUACUUUUAUCUGGGUUCCAUACAAAGAGGAAAAUAACAUGAUUCGUUUAUGGUGAUUACCCGCUAUGCAGCUAGUCUCUAUAUUAUAUAAAAUUUACAUUCGAUCACAGAUAAUUUGGGCGAAUUAGAUGGCC